GGUAAAGAAUGGAGGGGCCAAUCCUCCACCAGAAGUUCAGUAGUCUCCAGAAGGUCUCAAGAACAAGAUGCAGAGAUGAAUGGAGCAAGUGGAAUGGUUGGAAGGCGCCAUAUCCGUAAAGAAGACGGAGAAGAAAGUCGAUCCGAUUUAGCACGGGUUGACAGGUCCUGUAGCGUCGAAUCCGGGUCUCCAUCGAAGCUUUUAGUGCAGCAUUGUCGAGACGGUCCAGGGAGGCACGAUGCAACCCUAUCCACCCAUGAUUGGUUGUUGCUCUGUGAAUUCCAUCGCGAGCCGGGUGGAGUCGUGGACCUCUGUUUUCUCGGGGAAGGAAGUCGAGCUUCGGAGAGUGUUGGGCAUUCCCACUUUUUGCCUGCCCCCCCGGUUGCUGGUUGGGGACCUUUUUUUCUUUCUCUCUCUCUCUCUCUCUCUCUCUCUCUCAUUCUAUGCUGCAGCAAUUUCCCUGGCAGAUGCAGAGAUACAUAUGCGGACGACAUGGUCUAUUUGGCCCAAUUCAGAACCUUUGCGAUCGGAUACCACGCGCGAGGUGACAUUCUGGGAGUUGAUCUCUUCUAAAAUUGGUCUUCGGGGGCCGGAUGAUGGAUCCCCAAUCUCACUCAAUAUCACUAAACAUCGGCAUCUUAGGUUCAGUUUUGGAAUCUUGGAAUCCUUCUUGACCGCCUUCACCGGGCUCUCUCUCUUGCUCUCCCCUUUCCUCCCCCCCUACCAACAUCAACAUCAUGCCGUGCCGUAGCGUAAGGUAGGAGGGGAGGAGCGAGAAGUUGUCCAAUACCAUGAGGGCGAGGGCUGAGACGCACGACUCAAAAGGGCAUGGGACGGAAGCACUAAGAAAUAAGCCAUACUGAAUCAUUCUCUCGUUGCCGCCGCCUACAACCUAUUAGUGCACCUUCCCACUUCUGCCGUCCGGUCGUCGUCUCGUCGACUUCCCCCCUCGUCGCCUAGGACUCUAUCCAUAGACUCCAUUCGUA